AUGGUUCGACUAUUCCCUCUCCGUAUCUACAACCGUCUACCUUCCUCCUUCACCGAGGAUAUGGAGGCUGGCCUUACAUCCGAUACCUUCGAUCUAUCGCAGAACAUCAGCGACAACGAUACUCGCUCCGGCCUCGAUGCCGCUAGCAAGCGAGAGAUCCUUAAGUUGAUGAAGACCAAGAAGAUGAACUUCGACGAGGCACGGACACAGUUCUUGACCAACAAAAUGGCAAAGAACGGUAUUGGCCCAGACGGCAGGCCGUUGGAUCCUAGGGCUGUCUUCUUCUCGUGA